AUGUGUGUUCCAAAGAGAUCCACCGAGGAAGCACCAGCUCAAGAUUCAAAGAAACAAAGUACCCAAUUCCAAGAUCGUACUGAUGUUAAACAAUACUUUGGUCCAGGAAUAUUUGAUGAAAAGUUCAGAAAAGAUCUAACUCAAACAAUCAGUGACUCUGAACCAUAUAGAUGGGGUACAAUCAAGAACUUGAUGGAUGAUACAUUGCUACGAAAUGUUAGAAAAGAGAUUGAAAAUGAAAUUCACUUCACAAAAAAGGAAACUGAUAUUUAUAAAGUUUUCCAAAGUGGUGAUUUAGCUAAUCUUUCAGGAUUAGAUUGGGAUGAUCUUUCAAGAUUACCUUCAUUAUUCAAAUUGAGAGAAGCCUUAUAUUCUCAAGAAUUUAGAGAUUUCAUUUCAGAAGUUACUCAAAGUGGGAAGCUUAGUGGUACCAAGACUGAUAUGAGUAUCAAUACUUAUACUAAAGGUUGUCAUUUAUUAACCCAUGAUGAUGUCAUUGGCUCAAGAAGGGUCAGUUUUAUUUUGUAUUUACCUGAACCUGAUAAAAUUUGGAAAGAACAUUACGGUGGUGCAUUACGUUUGUUUCCUUCUAUUGUACCAAAUGUCCCAAAAAUUGACCCAAGUGCCAAGUUAGUCCCACAAUUCAAUCAAAUUGCAUUUUUCCAUGUUCAACCAGGGCUAAGUUUCCAUGAUGUUGAAGAAGUUAGGGUAGAUAAGCAAAGAUUGUCUAUUCAGGGUUGGUACCAUAUCCCACAACCUGGUGAAGAUGGAUUCAUUGAAGGUGAACAAGAAAAAACUGAGGCAAGAAGUACUCUACAACAAUUGGAGAGUAAAGAGUUGGAGGUUUUUGACUUCCCAAAAGAAGUUAGAAUUCCAUUUUCAAGUCAUGAAGUUAAAUAUUAUGAGAAUUUUGAAGGUUUAGAUAAAAUUGAUUUAGAAUAUCUUUCAAAAUUUUUGAAUCCAGCGUUAUUGAGACUUGAAGAAAUCAAAAGAUUACAAAAAGUUUUCAUUGAUGAAUCUCUUAUAGAAAUCAAAGAUUUGUUAAAUGAGGAAUUGGCCGAUGAGUUGAAGAAGAAAAUAAGGAACACCGAAUUAGAUGAAAUUAUGCCAAAGCACCAAGAUGAAGUUGAAUUCCCUUGGAAGAUUUCAUUACCGCCACAUAAAUGGCGUUAUUUAUACAUGGAUGGUAAACAAGAAGAACCAUUAACAAAAGAAGGCGUUACUAAUUCCAACUUAGGUCCUCAAGAAGGGCCUAAUUUCAAAUUAUUGGCAAAGACUACUAAACAUGAAAGCAGCUUGAAGUUAAUUGAACUAGCAAGCUUUUUAAAAUCAACAAGUUUCAAAAAGUGGCUAAGUUUGAUUACCGAUUUGGUUCCAAUAUCUGAUCAAAUUCUAAUUAGAAGAUUUAGACCAGGUCAUGAUUUCAAAUUGGCAACUUCAAUCAACAAUGAAGAUUCGGAAUUAGAUGCAUUAUUAGAAGCCACUCUAUCACUUACACCUUCUAAAGGUUGGGAAAGUGGUGAACUGGGUGGUUAUGAAUUAGGUAUGGUAACUGAAGAUCCAGAAGAUGGUGAUGAAGAUGAUCCAGCUAUUUACAAAAGUUCAAAGAGUGAAGAUGAUUCUGUCGUGGUUAAUAAUCAAGCAAGCUGGAACCAUUUCUCUUUGAUGCUUAGAGAUCCAUCUGUCUUGAAGUUUAUCAAAUAUGUUAGUUAUAAUGCAAAAGGUAGUAGAUGGGAUAUAUCAUGUCAAUGGAAUGUCAAGACUAAAGGUGAAGACGAAGAGGAUGAUAAAUAA